AAGGCGCAGCGACGGGGCGGGGCCGGCUGCGGGUGGCGCUAUGGCGGCGGCGAUGGCGAGCGUGGGGGAGCGAGCGGUGCUGGAAGAAGAAUUUAAAUGGCUUUUACAAGAAGAGGUCCAUGUUGUUUUGAAACAGCUGCAGGAUAUUUUGAAGGAGGCCUCUCAACGCUUUGCCCUGCCUGCCAGUGGCUUGGGAGGAGCUGUCAAACAGGAGAACUUUGUGCUGAGCACAUCGGGCACAGACCAGGUGAAAGGAGUGUUGACACUGCAGGGAGAUGCCCUAUGUCAAGCUGACGUUAAUCUGAAAAUGCCCAGAAAUAAUCAGCUCUUGCACUUUGCAUUUCGGGAAGACAAGCAGUGGAAAUUGCAGCAGAUCCAGGAUGCUAGAAACCAUGUGAACCAAGCCAUUUACCUGCUUAUGAACAGAGAUGUAAACUACCAGUUCAGAACAGGCUCGGAGGUUCUCAAGCUUAUGGACGCUGUGAUGUUACAGCUCUCAAGAGCCCGAAAUCGGCUUACCACUCCAGCCACUCUAACUCUGCCAGAGAUUGCCUCCAGUGGUCUCGCAAAAAUGUUCACUCCUGCUCUGCCUCCAGACAUCCUUGUGAAUUUCUAUAUUAACCUGAAUAAGCUGUGCCUGACUGUCUACCAACUCCAUGUGCUGCAGCCCAGCACAACCAAGAAUGUCAAGCUUGCUGGAGGGUCCAUUUUACACAACCCUGGAGCUAUAUUUGAGUUUGGCAAUCAGCGGUAUGAAGUCAGCCAUGUCCAUAAAGUGGAAUGUGUUGUCCCAUGGUUAAAUGAUGCCCUUGUCUUCUUCACAGUUUCACUGCAGCUUUGCCAGCAACUGAAGGACAAGGGAAUCUCUACUUGGUCUUCAGGGAAUAGAGGUCUACUGCUUAGAUCCACUGGCUAUCUGCUUUUGAUGGGUCUAGCAGUUCAGUUACUGCUGCCUGGAUGAUGCUGGUUCUGAAACUGCAGAAGACACUGAUCCAUGGGUCUCAGCUGCUCAGCUUCUAUAUGCCCUUCAAAAAGGACUUAGUUGCCUGAAUUAAGAUGGCGAAGACAAUUGCUGGGCAGCUUUCAACAACAGCCCUGCAGCGGGCUAAUGACAGCAGAAUCACAGACUAAGAGAGUAAUAAAGAAAGUUUAUUUUAUGAAUGCCCCUUAUCUCAAUCUGAGCAGCUCUUUCUGUAUUGUCCAGAGAGUAGUGACAGAGAGUGAGCACAGUCCCACACCCAGCAUCUCAGCACUGAGCAGACAGGAAAGUCUACUUGCUGAGCUCAGCUAAGGCUAAAUGUUUGUAAGGAUACAAUCAUUUCUUCCUGGAGACGGAGUUGAAACUACAGGUAUUUGUGUGUGCUGAUGCCAGUCUGCUCAAGUAUUGCCACUGCCAGGACUUCCUUGGAAUUGCACCUGUGUGGCCUAAUCCUGCCUUCCAGCUAUGAUAGGAACAUUGGAAGGGCAUGCACCUACCACUCCUAUUCACAAGUAGGUGCUUUGCUGCCUUUCAGGGUGUUGCCUUCUGGAAUUGCUGUUCUCAGGACAGAAUCAGACCUUUCUUGUUCUUGUAUGUGCCCUGGCAAAAAAGGGUGACCUGCCCCGUCAUGGGAUCAUCUAUAGGGACACAAAGUAUCAUCCUAAAGCAGAGGGACUGUACCAAUUGAAAACCUGGCUCUACUUGGAACUGGAAGGUUGCUAGCUAAGGGGAUGAUGCUUUUCAAAUUGGAGGCAUUGCUAAUAUUCAGGAUGAAGAAGCAACUUUCUCUUGGGUGCCCCAAGCAUCUUCUGCAAAGGCUAUAGGGACAAGGGAGCCACUGCUCCCUUGCACAGAGCAGUUUCAUCUUCAUAUGCUUUUGUGUCCCCUGGGAAGAGGGAGGUAAACUGUUUCUAAAGUUGAUGCAGCACAUAAAGGAAGCUGCCUCACUGAUGACAUGCUCCAAAUGUGUCUAUAGGGACUAAAAGGGUUCCCAGAUGCUGUGGCUGUGCUUUGAGGCAUCUUCAGAGCCUUGUGCUGCCUCUUUUAGGAAAUGGCCUCAAGCUGUGCCAGAGGAGGUUUAGACUGGAUAUUAGGAGCAAUUUCUUCCCCAAAGGGUGUUCAGGCAUUGGAACAGGCUGCCCAGGGCAGUGGUGGAGUCACCAUCCCUGGAAGUGUUCACAAACUGUGUAGAUGAGGCUCUUAGUGACAUGGUUUAGUGGUGGCCUUUGCAGUGCUGGGGCAACAGUUGGCCUCUAUCUUAAAGGUCUUUUCCAACCUCAACCCAGUUGAUUUUGUGAUUUGGUGUUCAGCCAGCUGUGCUUCGCUUUCAGUCCUGCUGAAAAUUAAGCCUGUAGUGGAAGGGCCAGAGCCCAACCCCCUGAAAGAAUCAUAGCUGGGCCUCCCAUUCAGUUAUCCCAGAAGAGAUCUUAGUGUGAGGAUGCUGCGCAGCAUGUUUUUGCUGAUCAGCAACUGCGAGCUUGGAAAAGGAUUCCAGCUCCUAGCCGGAGGGAAAGCAAGCCUUCUCCUUGCCCUCAUUACCUGGAGGUUCCCCUGACUGCUGGCUCUGCAUGGGGGAACUCCUGUUCUCCACUUUGGCUGCAGUAGCAAAAGACGAUCUGUGGCUUGUAGCUGAAAAGUCUGCCCUCAAGUACUGUAUCUUACAGGGAUUGUGGAGUGGCCUGGCUCAAGUGGGUGUAUUGGCCUAGGAUGGCUUUGCAGGUACCAUGUAAGGGAUAUGUAUUCAUCCAUGUAGAGGAGGAUGGAAGUGGCUGAGCAGCUCUUGGCACUCAUGGUGAAGAUAGAUUCUGAUUUGUAGGAGCAGCAGAGGGAAGCAGCAGGAAGAACUGUUUUGUCCAGCCAUGAGGUGGAGGUGGGUUUAGGGCUCCAUUGCCAGGUUGUCUAUGCCCACUUUGCUUCUGGGAAUCUAGUUGUUUUGGAAAAGGAUGUGUCA